AAGCUAUGAGAGAUGAAAAAUAUUCACCUUAUAAACAAGGAUCACAUAGAUACCUCUCUCCAUACAGAAUGCGUAGAGGUGUUCAUUAUAGUCGGCAAAGAACCUACAGUCAGGGAAGUGACACUGACGAGCAUGUCAUAGUGGAAAGUUCAAUGUAUGAUCUUGAGGAUGAAGGUGUACAGGGACCUUUCCCACCAAUGCCUGUUCAUGUUCAUCAGAGUGGACCAGUGGAGGGGAAAUCUGGAGGAUGCUGGGGUAAACUACGCAGAAGAGGUCGAACCUCUCCCUCUCUAAACCAUCCUAGGAAUCUGGUUCAUGAUCACUAUGCUGACCAGUUUGUCCAAGGCUGUGACAUGCAGGUCGAUGAUGAAAUUUAUGAAGAACAAG